AUGCAGGUCAUUUACAAUACUUUCGCAGCGACGCUCCCUUAUUUCGUAAAGCUGCUCAAGACCUGCGACUUCUAUGCUUUUGACGAGGAGAUGACGGGCGUUGCUUUGCCAAAUACAAGCGAUUUGAUCACAUUUUCAACCGCAGAGAGCUACUACUUCAAGCGGAUGGCGGCCAAACACUAUAACCUUAUUCAGGUUGGUCUUUGUCUCUUCCACCGAACAGGCUCCACCGGGGGCGUCGCAAAGUACACGGCGUCACCGUUUAAUUUUGUCUUGUUUCCUCAAUCUAUGGAAGAAACGGGGGGGGCACAGUUCGGGAGCAACAUCAGCAGCGACAUUGUUCUGAGCUCUUCUGCUAUGGCGUUUCACCGGCGUCAAGAAAUGGAUUUCCAGUCGUGGGUUUACCAGGGCAUUGGGUUUUGCGACAAGGACCAAGCAGACGUGUUGCGAAACCACUGGAAGAGAAAACGUUCGGAGAUCAGCGGUUCGGAUAAUGCUGAGGAAAAAACAGCAUGCGACGACUUUACGGACGAGGAAAAGUCGUGGGUCGCGGCCUCGAUAAAGGCUGCUGAGGAGUUGAAGCAGCGAGCAGACACGGCGUGGUGUGAUGCGACGACUAAGAAUAUGAAUGGCCUGUUGAAGGUGAACCAAAGCGCUGAGGCAGUCAAGAUUCUCGGUACCCGUGAGGUGCUUCUUGAGAACCAGUCGAGCAAGAAAGUGACCGAGCACCUUGCAAAGUACUUGAAGACUCACCUGCCGUCUGUGACCGUAACUUAUCGUCGCCAGGGCAAGAUGUUCGCCGGCACGCUCUGUGUCUUUACGGAGGAUGAAAUCCAAUCAAAGAUCGCCAAGGAGAAGGCUGCUUGUCAUUGUGAUGAGCUGAAUUCGCUGGGGUUCCGCCUCGUGUUCGAGGAGCUGGUGAACUCUAAGAAGCCGUGCGUGGGGCACAACUGCUUUACAGACUUGCUUUUUCUAUUGACGGCGUUUGAUCAAAUUUUACCGGAGGAUCUCCCGUCGUGGAAGGCGCGCGUGAAGGAAUUGUUCCCAACGAUUCUGGACACGAAGUACAUCGCGACGCGCGUGGAUCGAUUUCCCAUGGGGUACUUCCCGAAGCUCUACCUCGGCGGCCUCUUUGAGAAUUACGGAAUGCAGUCUCAGAAAGUCGAGGUGAGCCUGCCGCUGGGAUUCCAGAACUAUGACCCCCUUACCUUAAUGACGAAGUCCCAUCGCAACUUGCCAUCCCGCGGACCGGCCAACCCUUCUCAUGAGGCGGGCUACGAUGCACUCAUGACUGGAACGCUCUUGCUUAAUUUGCUUGCGGAACUGGGGUGCAACGAUGUGAGGGAAGCGCCAGCUGACCUAAUCAACAAAGUUUCGAUUUUUCGCUCACUAUAUGCGGUCGAUUUGUCCAAAGCAGAUAGUGACGAGUAUACCCCAGGGGAGCGCGUGAUUCUAAACCUCCGGUUCUCACUAAAUUCAAAAUGGUCGGAUGUCGAGACGUGUGCUAAGGCAAGCGGUGUUGCCAACCCGGUCACGUAUGACGUGGAAAAGGGGCACCUCAUCCUCGUGCUACCGCCACUGGAAAAAUGUGAAUCGGACACGAUUGCGGACACCCUCAGCAAGCGCUUUCCGGAUAUCAUUCAUGAGGUUUCCGUAUACAAGCCACCGCAUUUAGUAUAG